AUGAAUCGAAUGGAAGACAGUGUUUUAUCGCCCUCAUAUUUCUGGGAUUGUCUUAGACUAAGCGAGGACUGUCCAUUCAUCUCGAACGCAGAUCCGAAAUUAUACUACUUCGCUUUAGGCUUGGUAGCACUUUAUGUCUCAUUGGUGCUGAUGAUCCUCUUCGACUUGAAGUUUUAUUGGGGGCUGGACAACUUGUACCAUCAGGUAAACUACUAUCUUAAUUUUAUCAAGCGGAAGAUACGGGACGUCCAAAUCAACCAGCGCCGAUUAGUUAGUGCUCAAGAGAGGACGGAGAAACAACUGAAGAAGAGUAUAAAAUACAACCACCUAGUGACCGUACUCCGAUCGACAUUAGUGAAUGAUCCUGAAAAACUUGUCCAACUAACUAAAAGCAAUCCAGGUAGCAGAAACGAUUCUACAGACGACAACUGGAACGAAAUCACUAGUCUCAUCGAAUUUGACGAGAAUGGAAAUUUUGUAUUUUAA